AUGCUGGUGCAGGAGUUAGUUGACAAGUUGCCACCGAGCUACAAACUGGAUUGGGUCCGGAAUAAGCGAGGGAAGAUGGACAGUCCGUUGCGAAUGUUCACGAACUUCACAAAUGACAUCGUUUCGGAUGUGUCGGAGGUGACGGAGUUCUCGACAUUGUCGCUAAGCGAGCGCGAGCCUUCGCGAAUGGGGAAAGGAAAUUCCCGAAAAAAGGAGUUUGUCCAUCUUCAUGACGCGGACCAGGUUUCUGAUGAAAUUCAAAGAGAGACAGUAACUAAGCCGUGCUGGAUCUGUAAACGAACGGAUCAUCUCAUCAGGUGCUGUGAGGAGUUUAAGCGGAUGAACAUUGCCGCCAGGUUGAGAGAGGUUGAGCGACAAAACCUGUGUGGUCUUUGUUUGAACAAGCACGGAAACAGCAGAUGCACCUCGAAGAUUCGAUGCUUCAUGCAAAAUUGUCGUGGAGGCCAUCAUCCACUUUUGCAUCGAGUGGAGGAAUCGGUGCGGCUGCAGAAGGUAGAAUGCAAUGCUACCGAAAAGGCAGAUAGUGCGGUUAUUUUCCGUAUGAUGCCGGUGACGCUUUACGUGGGCAAACGACAGUUCGAUACUACUGCGUUCUUCGACGAAGGGUCGUCGGCUACGUUGGUAGAUGAUCUGGUGGCCAGGCGGCUGAAAGCAGAAGGUACUCUAGAGCCGUUGAUAGUGACGUGGACGGGCAAUAUCAACCGCUUUGAGAACGAUUCGAGGAAGGUCGAACUGAUGAUGUCGGCAAAGGGUUCGAAGGAGAAGUUUCCGCUGUUCAACACUCGAACGGUAUCAGAGUUGGUGCUGCCGAAGCAGAACGUGCGAUUCGCAGAUGUGGUAAAAAAAUAUUCCCAUCUUGCAGGCGUUCCGGUGAGAGAUUACCCAUCGGGAAAGCCGAGAAUCCUACUCGGGCUAGACAACGUCCACUUAUUUGCGCCGUUGGAGUCGCGGGUCGGUAAGCCAAACGAACCGAUUGCCGUGCGGUCGAAGAUUGGCUGGACAGUGUAUGGUUCGGAGAAUCGAAGACCGAGUGCGUACACCUACCUGAAUCUGCACUCGAUCGUUCCAGCAAACAAUCAAGGUCUCCAUGACAUGAUGCGAGAGCAAUACAUGCUAGAUGAGACAGCGAUUGCGACGUUCGCUGUACCGGAGCCCGUGGAGGAGAAAAGAGCUCGAGAGAUGCUUGAGACAACGACGAAGCGAGUGGGUGAUCGCUUCGAAACGGGGUUGCUGUGGCGUGAGGAUGCACGACGAUUCCCUGACAGCUAUCCGAUGGCUGUACGCCGGAUGAAGGCGCUGGACAGUAAGCUGAACAGGAAUUCAGACUUGAAGAAAAACGUGUGCCAGCAGAUCGAGGACUAUCAAGUCAAACACUACGCGCACAAGGCGAGUGAAGCCGUACUGAAGGGUACGCCACAAACUGCUGCGUGGUAUCUACCGCUGAACGUCGUAGUGAAUCCGAAGAAGCCGAGUAAGGUGCGCUUGGUUUGGGAUGCUGCAGCAUCAGUGAACGGAGUCUCUCUUAACUCAGAAUUACUCAAAGGUCCGGAUAUGCUAGUUCCGCUUCCCAGAGUAAUCUGCAAUUUUCGGGAACGGCCAGUAGCAUUUGGUGGUGACAUUCAAGAAAUGUACCAUCAGAUCCGGAUCAGACCUGAGGAUAGGCAAGCGCAACGGUUUUUGUUCCGAGCGAACAGUGAGGAAGCUCCGCAGGUGUACGUUAUGGACGUUGCCACCUUUGGUUCCACGUGUUCGCCCUGCUCAGCUCAAUUCGUGAAGAACUUGAAUGCAGCAGAUUUCUCGGAGAAGUACCCUGAAGCAGUAGAAGCCAUCGUGAAGCGUCACUACGUAGAUGACUACUACGACAGCGUGGAUACUAUCGAAGAAGCGAGCCAGCGAGGAGAAAGGAGUGUCGAUUCCGCAGUGCAUUUCAACUGGGACAAGAACACCAAAUACGAGCGUGUGCUAGGCGUCGUUUGGGACCCGGUUGGAGACGAGUUCCGUUUUGCGACCGAAUGGAAAGCAGAGUACAACAAGGUUUUCCGAGAGGAAAAACGCCCGACGAAAAGAAUUGUUCUGAGCAUUGUGAUGGCGCAAUUCGAUCCAGCAGGAUUUCUUGCUCCAGUUACAAUUCUCGGGAAAAUGCUGGUUCAGGAUCUGUGGCGGACAGGCUGCGACUGGGAUGAUGCAAUCGAUGAGCUGUCGUUCAGGAAGUGGUUGCGGUGGACCAACAUUCUCGCAGAUGUGCCAGUGUUUAAGCUACCUCGAAGCUAUUUCGGAACUGCGAGAUCAGAUGAGGUCGAAGAAGUCCAGUUUCACAUCUUUGCUGAUGCCAGCGAGACGGCGUACGGAUGUGUGGCAUACUUCCGUGCAAUCGUACGGGGUAAGGUGGUGUGUUCGCUAGUGAUGAGUCGAGCGAAGGUAGCACCGUUGAAGCAGCUGUCGAUUCCGCGGCUAGAACUCCUGGCAGCGGUUCUUGCGGCAAGGCUGGCACGAACGAUCGAGGAGAAUCACAACUUCACGAUCAGUAGAGUGGUGUUCUGGAUUGACGCAGAAGUGGUGCUGUCCUGGAUUCGGUCGGAUCAGCGCCGCUACAAGCAAUUUGUUGGUUUUCGCAUUGGCGAAAUUCUUAGUUUGACUAAACUGACAGAUUGGCGAUGGGUUCCGACGAGAUUGAACGUGGCGGAUCUGGUAACCAAAUGGGGUAAAGGUCUGGAAAUACACCCCAACAGCCCGUGGGUACGUGGGCAACAAUUUUUGUACGACAGUGUGGAAAAGUGGCCGAAGAGAGAAUUACCUCCAGCUAACACUACGGAGGAACUUCGGGUUCACUUGAUGCUGCACGACGUGCAAGUUGCACAGGCUAUCGUGGACGCCAAUCGCUUUUCUAAGUGGACAGUGCUGGUGAGGACGAUGGCGUGCGUAAUCCGGUUCGUGUCGAACUGUAGACGAAAGAGCAAAAAACUGCCCAUUGAGACGCUAAAAGCAACGAGCAGACAGAGCAGAGUACUACAACCGACGGCAGCUACGUCAGUACGUGUGGCGCUACAGCAAAGUGAGUACGAGAAGGCGGAACUAUGGCUGAUGAAGAUGACACAGGCGGAGUGUUUCAUCGAUGAGUUGAAGGUACUGGUCAGGAAUAAGGAUCGGCCGGUGAGCCAAUGGCUGGCGAUCGAGAAGUCCAGUGCACUUUACAAACUUAUUCCGCUGAUUGACGAAAACGGGCUGAUUCGAAUGGAGGGGAGAGCAGAGAAAGCAGAGUUGCUGUCAUUCGAUCUACGUUUUCCAACGAUCCUGCCACAUCAGCAUAAAAUCACGCAGCUGAUUGUUCAGCAUUACCACGAGAAGAGCGGUCACGGAUAUCGACAGGCUGUGAAGAACGAGCUGAAGCAGCUGUUCUACAUUCCGCAGCUUGACGCAGUAGUCCGGAAGGUGUCGUCGUCUUGCGUAUGGUGUAAGGUCCAUCGUAGUCGGCCUCGAGUUCCACGAAUGGCUCCGCUACCAGUGCAGCGGUUAACACCGAAUCUUCGUCCCUUUAGUUACACAGGUGUGGAUUAUUUGGACCCAUUUGCUGUUGCUGUAGGACGCCGAACGGAGAAGAGAUGGGUCGCAUUGUUCACCUGCUUGGAAACCCGCGCGGUGCACCUGGAGGUCGCUCACGGACUGACUACGCAGUCGUGCUUGAUGGCGAUUCACCGAUUCAUUGGUCGGCGAGGUUGGCCGAUGGAGUUUCUGUCCGACAAUGGGACGAACUUCCUAGGAGCCAGUAAGGAACUGGAAGGAGUUGUCCGAGAAAUAGGAGAAGAUUGUGCGGAUCAGCUGACUAGCGGGAGAACGAAGUGGACGUUCAACCCUCCUUUGGCUCCUCACAUGGGAGGAGUAUGGGAGCGUCUCGUUCGGUCGGUUAAGGAGGCAUUCGUGGCGCUUGAUGAUGGGAGACGGUUGACGGACGAAAUUUUGCAGACAGUAGUGGUGGAAGCGGAAGACAUGAUCAAUUCUCGCCCGCUAACGUACGUGUCUCAAGAGUGUGACGAAGCGGAGGCACUCACUCCAAACCGCUUUUUGCGGGGACUCUCCCCAAAUCAGCCUAGCGUGAAUCUUCCCCCACCUCAUCCAGCAGCAGCACUUCGAGACGCGUUCCAGCGAUCGCAGCAGUUGGCCAGCAUUUUGUGGGAACGUUAG